AUGGACGACGAGCGCUUGUCGAGCGUCGACCAGUUCCUGCGGGAGAACGGCUUCAGCAUCUCCGACUCGGCACUGGCGAUCGCGUCGCUCAGUGAUGACGACAUUCUGGACGACGACCUCCUGCUCAGUGCGGCCGACGCGUACCCAACGCCGUCCGGUUGCAGUCGAAGGAGCAGUAGCAGCAGCAGCAGCAGUAGCAACGCGACGGAUCCGCCGCGUUUCAUGCUCUUGGACGACGAGAGUUUGCUGACGGAGCGACAAGACGACGAGCGACUGAGUGGAGACAGGACAAGUGAACGGCCGGAAGACGACGGGGCGGUCAGAUUUGCACGGCACGAGCAUGAAGCCCCAGCAGAGGCCGAGUUGCUGGACCAGUCGAGCGGCAUGGAGCGCUAUGAGUUUAUACUGUCGAGUUCUGCUGCUGCUGCUGCUGCCGCAUCUCAUGGAAAUGGCACCCAAGCGAUGGACAACGCGCGGUCCCGUCUACCGUCGUCCGUGGCCUCGUCGUCGUCACAGCCGAGAGGGGACGACAACGACGAUGGCGCGUGCGUUGCCAUGGUGUCUGAAGCGUCGUCGGCGUCGUUGCCGUCGUCGCGGCCACUUUUGUGGCGCUCGUGUCCGUCUCGAUCGUCGGGCGACCGUGAGCUGGACGAUGAGCUGAACGACGCACUGGGUGUAUCUAGUGUGGUAAAGAAUGGUGCAGAGAGACUGGGGUUGUUGAUGGAAAGGUCGAGGCAAGAGGAGGCUGAAGAGCAGAAUGGAGCUAGUGGUGUAGGUAGUGGCCCAUCCAUGUGUCACUCUCGUUCACCGAAGGUGGAGCGGGCUUUGUUUACGGAUGUAGAAGUCGAUGCAGCGCAAAUUGGAAACAGUAGCGAUCGCAAUGAAAGUGGAGCUAGAUUAGAAUCUGUGGACGUGAAAUGCAAGUCUCGAAGAAACACGAGAUCGUCAGGUUGCCGGGAAGACGCACAGAAGAGUGACGUCAAUGACUAUGCGAGUGAUGAGUGUGAGACUACCAACUGUGGGGAGCGUCGCAAACGUGAAGAUGCAGCUAAUUUGGAUGAAGGUGCAUGGAAUGGACUGAAUGAUUUGUUGCGGAGGAACGGGCUUUCGGCUCUUCGAUUUCGUCGUGUUGGAUCAGAGGCAGUGCCAGAGCAAGAAUCUCUUUUUAGCGUUAUUCACGACUUUGGUGUGCAGCUGGAGUGGAAAAACAAGACAAUCGAAGAUUUGUUAUUGACGUCUCAACAUAAUUCCAGAGUUCGAAGCAGGUUGGAGAGGAAACAACAAUGUGUGGUAAAAAAGAACGAGGAGGCGCAGAAAGCAUUGGAAAAAGCAAAAGCGGAGAUCCAACGUCUAGAGGCUUUGCAGAAAAAGGAACGUGAAAGCACUGAGGUCUUGUCCAGAAAACUGAAGACUUCGUGUCUUCGAUUACAGCAGCAGCUCAAGGCUAGCGAACACCGCGUCAAGGCGAAGGAAAUUGUUGUCGACAGGAUGCAGGCCAAGCUCCAACUGCAAGCGGACAACGAGACUAUGAAGAGGGCGCGAGACCGGCACGCUUUUCGCAAUCUGCAGAACCGUGACCCACGACGCGCAAAUCUACGUGAUACUCAGACGCUUGAGACGAUCAGUGUGUACGAAGCACAGCGUGAGCAAAUGGAGGAGGAGAUUGACGACCUGAAAUCACAGGUUGCUGCGCUAAAUAUCGAGCUCCGCGACAAGGACAACCAUAUCGCGCGACAAUCAAGUGCAUUCGCGAAACAUCAACCUGCAGUUUGGGAGCAGGACCCUGACGAACGCCAUACAGGCCACUUUUCUGGAUUUACGUCUCCGGCUCAUAACGUGCAUUGCAGAUCGUCCUCAGUCGCUUCAGACGAAGCGAUGCUGGAGCAGCUUGAAGCUGCCCGAUGCGAGCAGGAACUGGCUGCGACAAAGCUGCGGCGUCGUGAAGUUGCGAUGAUGAAGAAGAUUGCUAUGAUUGAACGAGAACUGCUUGCAUCUCGCGAGACUGUUGGCGAGCUGAAAACAGAAAAUGCGAAUCUAAAAUUGGAGUUGAAGUCACGUCCUAGUAUUCGUGAUUAUCGCUGCAGCCAGCGUCGUACUGACCAAUUGGAACGGCAGAUCGAAGAGACUAAGGUCGCGCUCGAAGAAGCUGUUGAGUUGAAUGGACUGCGCAAGAAUAGUGAGGUAAAGAAGUGUAUGGAGCAUGACCGCGUAAAUUGCCGAUCGCAACGGAACCGACUUGACAAGUUUUCGCGUGAGAGCGUAGUGGAGGUUAUGAAGCACAUUUGUCGUGUGUUGCACUUGUCAGACAUUGCUCUCAUUGUGCCGAGCAUCGAAAAGCUCUGCAGUGUCGUUGCAGCAGUCCCACGUAUGGAGAAAUUUAUUCGCGACGUGUGCAGGCUCGUUUCGUUGCACUCGGAGGACAAUGGUGAGGCAGCAUGCCAUUUCAGCUCCAGUACCAAGUUGGAACAGGUUCUUCCGACUUUACAAGUGUGGGUGGAGGAGCGACGAAAAUUGCACGCUUUGGAAAAGUUUAAGACGUCGAUAAUCGCUGAGAUUGGCCGGCGGACUGUUGAGUCGACUGUUUUUAACGAUGAGGAGGGCAGUAGUCGUGACGAGAACGCGCCUAGUGAUUCGACGGCCCUGUCAUACAUUGUUCAUGUUGUUUCUGAGCUAGUGGAACUUGAGAAGAGUGUCAUGUACAAUCGAGAUACGCGCGUUCUCGCUGCUGGACAAGUGGAGCGUCAUCCAAAGGAUCGGAUUAACCAGAUUGUGAGGCAUUUUGCCUACCUUUUUCAAGUUAGAAACGUCGAAGGCAUACUUCCCACGAUGAACGAAACGUAUUUGCUAGUGAAUGAAAUGAAGAAUUUUGUCCACGCUGUACGCGACAUUCUCCACCUGAAGAAAGGGUCUUCACUGGUGCACUGCUUGGAUGUCAUUAGGGAGCGACUGCAGAAAAGUGCAGUCGACACAAUACGUGUGCGUGCAAAAGAGCCAAGUAGUGAUGACGCAGAGCAGGACUAUGCCUCUGAUGACAGUAGUCUGAACUUCGUCGUCGAAAAGUAUCGGCCGAGUGCGCACGACAAGAAUUCUGGAUCUAGCUUAGCAGGCGUCCGGGAAGUACGUGAAAUGAGUAUCUUGAUUCGGGACCUUCAACGUGAGCUGGGGGCAACCGCAAUGGAUGACAUCCUGCCAAGAACACAGCGUUUGAUGGAACUUUUGCGCCAAUCCAUUUAUGAUGCUGGAGGAGAAGACGACGACGAAGAAUACGAACGAUCCGUUUACUAG